GCUUCUCUUGAAUUUUGUAUUCUGCUAUCAUUAAGUUCGAGUUCAAUAAUUAUGUCUCUGUUACCGUAUCUUUUUGAUGAUUGGUAUCCAAGCUACCGUCCUCGGCGUCUUCAAGAUCAGCAUUUCGGCCUGGUGCUGACUCCUGACGAUUUCCUUACCGCUGCCGCUGGACCACUUCUAUCAAGGGAGUACUACCGUCCCUGGCGCCAUUUAGCCGCUGCUGCAAGAGACCUAGGAUCCAGUAUUAAAGCUGAUGCGGAUAAGUACCAAAUUAACUUGGAUGUCCAACAAUUUGCGCCCGAAGAAAUUUCCGUGAAAACGGCAGACGGGUAUAUUGUAGUUGAGGGUAAACAUGAGGAGAAGAAAGACGAACAUGGGUACAUAUCUAGGCAGUUUACACGACGUUACGCGCUUCCCGAAGGUAUUACUCCGGAAUCUGUGGAAUCAAAGUUGUCGUCUGACGGUGUCCUGACAAUUUCGGCUCCAAGGAAGGUUCCAGAUGCCGUGAAAGGAGAAAGGACUGUACCAAUCUCGCAAACUGGACCAGUACGGAAAGAAAUCCAAGAUCAAAGCGCAGAUACCACCAACAAGAAAGAAAAAAAGUAGUAAAACAUUCUAAUUUAAAUAUUUAAUU